AUAUUCAACCUCAAAAUUCCUUGAAAACAAUCACACAGCCACCACCACCACCACCACCACCAGUCCACCACCAAUGGAAUCAUCAAGGCCAUCGUCACACCCAUCAUCAACAAUUGAUCUCAUCGGAGAAGACCUUCUUCAAAACAUCGUCAGCAGACUUCCAGCCACCUCUUUCGCCUUUGCUGCUUGCGUCAAUCGUUCUUGGCAUCUCGUUUGUGAUCGUCUCCUUCUACGCCCUAAACUCUCCUCCGCCUGUUCCUUUCAUUCUUCUCUCAACGUUGCAGUUGAAGAUGUGGUGGGUAAAGUAUUAUCCGGUCCGAUUCGGCCUCAUUUCGCUAUUGCUUCUGUUGGUCCCUACUUUGAUUUCCGCCUUGCCCACCAACUUAUCAGUGCAAAACUAGGCUCAAAAGUUCCAGUCAUUACAAAUGAUCCCUCUGGAAUUAUCGGAAGGAAUGCGUUUUCUGAUGAAUUCAAAGAGAUUCAAUGGGAAGUUACGGAGGAAGAUGAUGAUCCAGGGGAAAAUCACGGUGUAUCUGAUAGUGCAAAUAGAGCAGUUAUGUUGACAGUUGGAUUUGUUCCUGGGCUAAAAGUUGAAGCAAUCCCACUUCUAAAACAAGCUGAGGAACCACACGUUGUCAUGGUUGACAAAUUUGUGAUGGACAUUAGGGAGUUUUCCACCUCUAUUUCAGGACGUACAUCCCCUGCUGCCAUAAUAGUAUUCAAUCAACCUGACGUAGGUGUGAAAUCCGUUAUGGAAAAGUUGGACUAUGCCAUGUCUCCAGAUACGGUCAUUGUUGGUGAUGGUGGCUGUGAGUUCAUACAUCGCAGUGAAAAUUCUAAGAAUACGACCAUCUCAGAUGAACAAAUAUUUGUGGCUGUUGCAUUGGUAUUUGCUUUCGAUCAGAACAGAUCUCCAGUAGGUACCGGACAAACUCAGUUUCAUGCUAUAUUAUCAAGUGGGUUGUCGCCCAUUGGCCCCACAUACAAGGCAGCAUCUGUUAGAGAGAAACCGCAUGAUUCUUUGACUUGGCUCACUGCAAGAAGAGAUGGAUCGCGUGAGAAUCUUGAUGGUGAAACUAUUUUGAGUCAAGUUUAUGACGAAUUAGGUGACCGGAUUCAGUUUCCUACUUUCUACAUCGGGGUAACAAAGAGAAGAAAAUGCUCCGUUGGGAAGGAGAAAUUGGGAUGGAUAACUUCCCUGGCAUUCCAUGAAGUUUUGGGGGAUAACCAGGAGUAUCUAUUUGUUGGUGAUAUUGGCAUUAAAACAGGCGAUACCUUCCGUUUUUACCACUCAGAUUCCACCACUGCUCUAUCUUCUAUUUCCAAUGUAUCUGACCAGUUAAGAUCUUUCAAGGAAGCGAGCAUCGCUGAUGGUAAUAAGCGGGAGGUUUUUGGCAGUCUUAUUUUCACUUGUUGUGGUCGAGGUGAGUCGUUCUUUGGCCGGCCAAACGUUGACAGCUCACCGUUUUUGGAAAAUUUUCCUGGGGUGACAUUUGGCGGGACAUUCUGUGGCGGUGAAAUUGGACGUGGUGAUUUAACCCCCUAUGUUACAGGAUCUCAAGAACAAAAGUCCAUUCGUUGUUGCCUUCAUGUUUACAGCGCCGUCUAUUUAGUCAUGUCAUACACUCCAUCGAACGGAAACUAAGGUGAUUUUGUUGUACAUAUUUAACUAGACAAUCUCCAUCUAGUUACUUGAGUUGAUUUACUUGGAUUUUGUAUGUGUAACAAGUUUUUUAAAAGUUUUUGUAUUUUUGAGUG